UCACCAACACGCAUUUCCGAUUUCAAACCUCCCCCCAGUCAUCUUCCUCCAGAGCCGUAAGCGAAGCGGAGGAGCCAACUCAACGCCAUGGGGAGACCCAGGGCCACUGCCGCCGCCGGGACCGCCGCAUCCAGGCCUAGGAGGGCCAACGCUAAGUCCAAGCCCGCCUUCCUCUCCCCUCCCGCGCCCGCCACCCGCAAGCGCAACGCGAGAGCCAGAGCCCCCUCCUCCUACCCUUCGUCGCCGUCGCCGUCGCCUUCCUUCCCCACCGACGUCAGCUUCGUCGCGCCCCUGUCCUCCGUCUCCCCGGAGCCCGCGUCCAAGUCUAGGUCGCGCAAGCCCAGCUCCAAGGCCAAGGCCAAGCCGGCCGCGCGCUCGCCGCCUCUCGCCAGCCCCCGCCCCGUCUCCCCUCUCUCCGCCGGGGCCCCUCCUGCUGCUGCUGCGUUGGUAUCCAGCGUCGGGGACCUGAGGAGCGCCGCCGCGUCGCAGAUGGAGUCCCUCAGGCACCGCCUCGACGGGCUCCACUCCCGCGUGCACACCGACCUCGACGCCUCCCUCUCCCGCGCCUCCAAGCGAUUCAAGACUCAGAACCAGGCUUGUCAGCAACUAACAGACGAAGUGGACAAUGAGUACAGGAAGAUUUCUGACAAUUUAAAGGAAAAUGCAGAGAAGCUCAAGGCAAAGUACAAGCAGAUCAUGGCAGAGACCCAGUCCUCCACAUCACGUGCGUGCAAGGUGACUAUCCCUGAGAUUACGAAAUCUGUGGAGAAAGCUAUUGAUGGUCUGCGCAGACGUUAUAAUAUCUCAAUGCCAGUCUAGUUGGAGUUCAUGUUCUACGUACUACAAUUCCAAGUAGCCUUCUUCACUUCAACUGGACAUCUGGAUAUUGAAUUUGCAGUUUGGACAUCCGUAGAUAACAGAAGUACAAAAUAUCAAGCAAUGGCUCAUGACAUUAGUAGAGAGUAGUCACAGUAUCAAGUUGUUCAUCAUUAUAGUUAGUAUACAACAUUACCAAUCUGCCCAUUUUUUUCUGUUUUUCGUGGCAUUAUGAAGCCCUAUGCCACGUGAAGCGCAAAGAUUUUUCAGUCACAAAAUCUUAUGGGAAGAGAUUCUGUCGAGCUGGAACAUGCUAGCAAAGUUUUAGCCUGUCACGCUUUAGUUACUCA